AUGAAAACCUACCUGGCCAUUGGUUUCUUCCUCCUCUUCGUGAUCAGCUAUGGCUCUUCGGAAAACUCCAGUACGUCCAGAGGGUGCGGACUGGACCUUCUCCCUCAGUACGUGUACCUGUGCGACCUGGAUGCCAUCUGGGGAAUAGUGGUGGAGGCAGUGGCGGGGGCGGGCGUGCUGACCACCUUGUUGCUGAUGCUGAUUUUGCUGGUGCGGCUGCCCUUCAUCAAGGACAAGGAGAAGAAGAGCCCCCUGGGAAUGCACUUCCUCUUUCUUUUUGGGACUCUUGGACUGUUUGGGCUGACGUUUGCUUUCAUCAUACAAGAAGAUGAAAUGGUGUGCUCUACCCGAAGGUUUCUGUGGGGAGUUACCUUUGCUUUGUGCUUCUCGUGCUUGCUAGCUCAAGCCUGGAGACUUCGCAGACUGGUUCGCCAUGGGAAGAGUCCGUCUGGCUGGCAUCUGGCUGGUGUGGCGAUCUGCCUGAUGCUCGUGCAGGUCAUUAUUGCAACCGAGUGGUUAAUACUGACGGUUGUCCGAGAUAACAAGUUGGCCUGCAGCUACGAACCAAUGGAUUUUGCUAUGGCUUUGAUUUAUGUUAUGUUCCUGAUGGUGUUUGCCAUGGGAUUUUCGCUUUUCACUCUCUGUGGGAAGUUUAAGAAAUGGAAGAAGAAUGGAGUAUGCCUCAUUAUUACACUUUUUUUUUCCAUUCUGAUUUGGGUAGCCUGGAUGACUAUGUACCUCUUUGAAAACACUCCCAAUUAUUUUGACACUUCACAGCCAAGGAUGCGUGAAACUGCUUUUGAGGAAGAUAUACAGCUUCCUCGGAGCUACAUGGAAAAUAAAGCCUUUUCAAUGGAUGAGCAUAAUGCAGCGCUAAGAACGGCAGGAUUUCGAAACGGCAGUUUGGGAAGCCGGCCUAGUGCUCCUUUUAGAAGCAAUGUUUAUCAGCCAACUGAGAUGGCAGUUGUGCUAAAUGGUGGGACUAUACCAACCGCUCCGCCAAGUUACACUGGACGACACCUCUGGUGA